AUGGGCGCUCUCUUCUCUCUGCUCUCUUUGGCGGCAGAGGGGUCAUUCGAUAUCCUUGGUGGUGUUCUGUACAUCCUCUGCCUCCUCUUGGAGAUGGGGAUCUAUACCAGCCACAUCAUCUGGCGGCUGCGCAACCGCAAGCUUCUGCGACAGGCCAAGGAAUCCGGUCGAACGGUGGACGAGCUCCUCGAGGAACUCGAGCGAGAGACGAAUGGAACACGCACGCCGAGUGAGAUUGAGAAGGGAGCGCUGCCGGCGGUCGCGGAGAUGGACAAGGGCGUGCUGGUCACGGCUACUGGAGACCUGGAGAGUCAUGGGACUACGACUACGGACGAUUCCGUUUGA